AUGGCUCGUCGCAUUCUUCACGGUUCGCGAAGGGGGUACGUCUCAGUAUUUCUCUUUCUUUCUACCAUCAUAAGCGAAGUAUCUACAGUCACCCAUUAUUCUGUUCCCGAGGAAAUGGACGAGGGCUCUGUUGUUGCGAAUUUAGCAACGGAUCUGGGAUUAGAUGUGAAGAGUCUGAGUAGGAGAAAAAUGCGCGUAGACGUUGUAGGUAACAAAAAAUAUCUUGACAUCAACAAGGACACGGGGGAGCUUUUCAUUUUGGAAAGGAUAGACAGGGAGUUUCUAUGUCCCCUGAAGACAGCCACGUCGUGCUUUCUUAAAUUAGACGCAACCAUUGAAAAUCCAAUACGUAUGUUUAAUGUCGAAGUUGAAAUAAUGGAUAUUAAUGAUAAUGCCCCCCAUUUUCGGAGAGGAACGAUGCAUUUGGAUAUAUCAGAGUCAAGCCCCGUUGGAGAGAGAUUCUCACUGAAUAAUGCUGCAGACCCAGAUGUCGGAACAAAUUCUGUGAAAAAUUACCACCUGAGCUCAAGCGAACACUUCUCCAUUGAAAUUCAGACCGGGAGAGAUGGGACAAAGUUCGCAGACUUGAUUCUGAAAAGGGCUUUAGACCGAGAGCAGCAGGCUGUUCAUAAUCUAAUACUGACCGCUGUGGACGGUGGAGUUCCCACGCGCACAGGUACAGCCAGCAUCAUUGUUCGCGUGCUCGAUGUCAACGACAACGCCCCUUCAUUUGACAAAGAAAAGUACGUCGUGGAUGUGAUGGAAAACUCUCCGAUUGGGAGUCUAGUAACUAAACUUAACGCCACUGAUUUAGAUGAAGGGUCCAACUCGGAUAUUGUUUAUUCAUAUAGUUUGUACACAUCAGAGAGAACACAAAAGAUGUUUAACUUGAAUCCUGAAAAUGGCGAAAUCAGAGUGAAAGAGAUGAUCAAUUAUGAAGAUUUAAAACUUUAUGAGAUGGAGGUUAUAGCCAGCGAUAAGGGGCCUAACUCCUUAUCUGGACAGUGUAAACUGACAAUACAGGUGACAGAUAUGAAUGACAACCACCCAGAAAUCUCUAUCAAAUCAUUUCAUAGUCCAAUAAAAGAAAACGAGCCCACAGACACAGUGAUAGCUGUGGUCAGUGUCAGUGAUAAAGACUCAGGUGACAACGGAAUAGUUGAUCUAACUAUCCCUGAAAAUGUACCUUUCAAACUGAGGGAGUCCUCUGAUAACUAUUAUGAAUUAGUAGUGUCAGAGCCAUUAGACCGUGAGAAGGUCCCAGAAUAUGACAUCACUUUCACUGUGACUGACAGAGGCUCUCCUCCUUUAUCUGACAAUGAGACUAUGACUUUAGAGCUGCUGGAUGUCAAUGACAAUGUCCCACAGUUCUCCCAGUCAUUUUAUACUAUACGUGUAGCAGAGAAUAACGCACCCGGGGCCUUACUCAGCUCACUCACUGCGUUUGACCCUGACCUCCAUGAGAACCAGUAUCUAGUUUAUUUCAUCCUAGAGAAGGAGAUAGCCAACACCUCCAUGUCCAUGCUGUUCUCCAUCAAUCCAGAGAAUGGGAAUCUUUACGCACUCAAAACUUUUGACUAUGAGAUAGAGAAGGAGUUUCUUUUCCACAUCGAGGCCAGAGACUCUGGCUCUCCUCCACUCAGCAGCAAUGUGACCGUCCACAUCAUUAUUGUGGACCAGAAUGACAACGCUCCUGUUAUUGUGUCUCCAUGGCGUGCGCACGGCUCAGUGGUGGAGGAAAAGAUCCCCAGAUCCACGGAUAAAGGCUCCCUGGUUUCCAAGGUGAUCGCCUUAGACACAGACUCUGUGCACAACUCUCGGAUUACCUACCAGUUUCUACAGGUGACUGAUGCCACCUUGUUCAGUCUGGACCAAUACAACGGAGAGAUCCGGACUAUGAGGAUGUUCAGUUACAGAGAUCCACGUCACCAGAGGCUGGUUGUUGUUGCCAAGGACAACGGGAAUCCUGCUCUCUCUGCUACGGUCACCAUUAAGUUGUCCACAGUGGAGACUGCUGUUAAGACCUACUCUGACAUGACUGAGGUGCCUCUGGAAUAUGACAUCUUCUCAGACCUAAACCUGUAUCUGGUCAUUGGUCUGGGCUCUGUGUCAUUUCUCCUGCUCAUCACCAUUUUGGUCACCAUCGUGCUCAAGUGUCAGAAACCCAAGCCCAGCAAAGCGGCUCCUCCCUCCAGGAACAGUGUGAUCAGUGAGAGGAACUCCACCAUCGCAGAUUCCACUCUGGUCUCCAACGAUGCCUACUGGUACAGUCUGUUUCUAGCAGAGACCAGGAAAGGAAAGCUGGUGGUGAGACAGCCUGUUCCAAAGGGCUCCAGAUACAUUGUGUCCAGUAUACCACGAGGAACAGGACUGACAGAUACUAGUGACUCAGCAGCUUCUACUCUGCAGGUAUGA